CCACGCGCCAGCCCCGCCCCUCGUCACGCGCGCCCCUCUCGCAGCGCGCGCCUCCGGCCGCUGCGAGCCGGGCUAGCAGCGCGCGGUCUUCGCGUCUCUCCCCGCUGGCUACCGCGGCGCCGCGCGGGUGGGUGGGAUCGUGGCGGAGCUCCCGGCGCCGGGGCAGGGGCGGGAGAGCGCCAUGGCGGCGGCUGUGGCGGCGGCAUCCGGUCCCCGCGCCGCGGCGAGUUGAGGGGCCGCCUCUUCACGACUGAGGAGGCCACAGCUGCCCGCCUGCCUUCCACGCGGGCCGCGGCUCCGGCAUGGCCGGGAUCAUUAAGAAGCAGAUCCUGAAGCACCUGUCCCGGUUCACCAAAAAUCUUUCCCCAGACAAAAUCAAUUUGAGCACUCUGAAAGGGGAGGGUCAGCUGACGAACCUGGAGCUAGAUGAAGAGGUUCUACAGAAUGUGCUGGAGCUACCCACCUGGUUAGCCAUCACUCGGGUCUACUGCAACAGGGCCUCCAUCCGGAUCCAGUGGACAAAGUUGAAGACACAUCCCAUAUGCUUGUGUCUGGAUAAGGUAGAGGUGGAGAUGAAGACAUGUGAGGAGCCUCGGCCCCCCAAUGGACAGUCUCCCAUUGCCCUCGCUUCAGGACAGAGUGAGUAUGGCUUUGCCGAGAAGGUGGUGGAGGGAAUGUUCAUCAUCGUCAAUUCCAUCACCAUCAAGAUUCACUCCAAGGCCUUCCACGCUUCUUUUGAAUUGUGGCAGCUCCAGGGCUACAGUGUCAACCCCAACUGGCAGCAGAGUGACCUCCGCCUCACCCGCAUCACUGACCCCCGCCGAGGAGAGGUUUUAACAUUUAAGGAAAUAACUUGGCAAACACUUCGAAUCGAGGCAGAUGCUACCGACAAUGGUGAUCAGGAUCCAGUCACCACUCCAUUGAGGCUUAUUACCAACCAAGGCAGGAUCCAAAUAGCCCUCAAAAGAAGAACCAAAGAUUGCAAUGUGGUAGCCUCCAAGCUGAUGUUCCUGUUGGAUGAUCUGCUCUGGGUGCUGACUGACUCACAGCUCAAGGCUAUGAUGAAGUAUGCAGAGUCGCUGAGUGAGGCCAUGGAGAAGUCAGCCCAGCAGAGGAAGAGCCUGGCCCCUGAACCUGUACAGAUCACUCCACCUGCUCCCAGUGCCCAGCAGUCCUGGGCCCAGGCGUUUGGUGCCAGCCAAGGCAGCAGCAACAGCAGCAGCAGCCGCCUCAGCCAGUACUUUGAGAAAUUUGAUGUGAAAGAGUCCUCCUACCAUCUGCUCAUCUCCCGCCUGGACCUGCACAUUUGUGACGAUAGCCAGUCUCGGGAGCCAGGUGUCUCUGCAAACAGACUCAUGGGUGGUGCAAUGCAGCUUACCUUCCGCAAGAUGGCCUUUGACUAUUACCCCUUCCACUGGGCAGGUGACAGCUGCAAACAUUGGGUACGGCACUGUGAGGCCAUGGAGACCCGAGGCCAGUGGGCCCAGAAGCUGGUGAUGGAAUUUCAGAGUAAAAUGGAGAAGUGGCAUGAGGAGACGGGUCUCAAACCUCCCUGGCACCUGGGGCUGGACUCUCCCUUCCGGAGGAAAGCAGAUUCUCUCUCCAGUCCUCAAAAGAACUCCCUUGAGAGAAGCCCCUCUCAGGGCCGACAAGCUGCUUUUCGGCCUCCAGCAUGGAAUCGCUUACGUUCUAGCUGCAUGGUAAUACGGGUGGAUGACUUGGACAUUCACCAGGUUUCUACAGCUGGACAGCCAAGUAAGAAGCCAUCUACACUCCUUUCCUGUAGUCGCAAACUUCACAACCUACCCACUCAGGUCUCUGCCAUUCAUAUUGAGUUCACAGAGUAUUACUUCCCCGAUAAUCAGGAGCUUCCAGUUCCCUGUCCCAAUCUCUACAUUCAGUUAAAUGGUCUGACAUUUACUGUGGAUCCUGUCAGCUUGCUCUGGGGAAACCUCUUCUGCCUGGAUUUAUACCGCAGCUUGGAGCAGUUCAAAGCUAUCUACAAGCUGGAAGAUUCAAGCCAGAAAGAUGAACACUUGGAUAUUCGACUAGAUGCCUUCUGGUUGAAGGUGAGCUUCCCGCUGGAGAAGAGAGAGCAGGCUGGGUUGCAUCGUCCUCAGGCCCUUGUCUUUUCUGCAUCAGGCAUGACUGCCACCAAUACGCGUCAUGCCCCACAUUGUAGUUGUCUAGACCUCCAAAGUCUCUUCCGAGGUUUUGCGGCUGCUGAGUUCUUUCAUUCCAAUUAUGUUCACUUUCCCAAGGUUCCAGGUGGCUUUAGCCUUCUGCACAUGCUUUUUUUACAUCAUGCUUUCCAGAUGGAUUCCCGCCUUCCUCAACCCAGUACCCUCCCUCCCCAGAGGCUUAAGGCUUCCCAGGAUCUCUGGUCCAUCCACUUUACCCAGAUCUCCUUGGAUUUUGAGGGAACAGAGAACUUCAAAGGCCAUACCUUGAAUUUUGUGGCCCCUUUCCCCUUGUCCAUUUGGGCCUGUCUGCCCCUCCGCUGGCAGCAAGCUCAGGCACGGAAGCUCCUUUUGGCCACAGAAGGGAGGCUGAAACCAUCAGCUAGCUUUGGCAGUCCUGUCCAGUCUGAGGUCCUUGCCCCAGACACUGUGUCCCAUCAGAGGUCAAAGACUGAACAUGAUUUGAAAAGCCUGUCAGGCCUUACAGAAGUCAUGGAUGUUUUGCGAGAAGGCAGCAGUAGUGUGGACAACAAAGGGCCUCUGACUGAGCUCGAGGAUGCAGCAGAUGUUCACAUGCUUGUACACUCCCCUGCACAUGUCCGUGUGAGGCUUGACCAUUACCAGUACUUGGCUCUACUGCGCCUGAAGGAGGUGCUACAGGGUCUUCAAGAACAACUGACUAAGGAUACAGAGGCCAUGACCGGGUCUCCCCUGCAGGACCAGACAGCUUGCAUUGGGGUCCUCUUCCCCAGUGCUGAGGUGGCUCUGCUCAUGCAUCCUACCCCUGGGACUGUUGAAGCUGACUCGGCAGGUUCAGAUACCACCAGCCUCAUAGAUUCAGAGUUGUCUCCUUCAGAGGAUAGGGAGCUGAAGUCUGAUGCCUCUUCAGACCAGGGCCCAGCAAGCCCUGAGAAGGUUCUGGAGGAUAGUGGCAUUGAAAAUCUGGAUGCAUCCCAGGAUAGGCCAUUGCCUCUCCCUAGCAAUGGAGAACUACAGGAUUCAGAUUCUCUUGCACAGCAGGAGGCAGGGAAGGGCCAUGAGGCAGUCGAUUCCUUGCAGGCCAAGAGACUGAGCAGAGCUCAAGCAUCCACCUCACCGGCUGUGUUGAAGCCCCCAAGUGGCAGGGAUACCACUGUGAAUGGACAGGCUGAGCUCAUCCCCUUGAAGAACAUUGAGGGAGAAUUGUCAAGUGCUAUUCACAUGACCAAGGAUGCCACAAAAGAGGCUCUCCAUGCCACUAUGGACCUCACCAAGGAAGCUGUGUCCCUGACUAAGGAUGCCUUCAGUCUGGGCAGAGACCGAAUGACCUCCACCAUGCACAAGAUGUUGUCCUUGCCCCCAGCCAAGGAGCCCAUGGCCAAAAUAGAUGAGGGGGCGGCAGCACCAUUGAGUGGAAGUGCUGCCCGACUCCGAUUUUUCUCCAUGAAGAGGACGGUAUCUCAGCAGUCAUUUGAUGGCGUUUCACUGGAUAACAGUGGCCCUGAAGAUCGGAUUUCAGUGGACAGUGAUGGCAGUGAUAGCUUUGUGAUGCUCUUGGAGUCUGAGUCUGGUCCAGAAUCUCUUCCACCAGGAACUCUUCCAAAUGUCCUGGACAGUGCUGGCGUUCAAGGGAGCCCUCUUAUGGAUAGUUACGGCCAGGGGUCACCAGAGGCCAACAGUUCGGUCUCACCCAGUGGGGAAGACCUCAGUCUUCACCCGGUCUCCGUUCUGGUCCUGAAGGUGAAUGAGGUGUCUUUUGGGAUUGAGGUGCGUGGUGAAGAUCUGACUGUGGCCCUUCAGGCAGAGGAACUGACCCUCCAGCAGCUGGGUACCGUGGGACUAUGGCAGUUCCUGCAUGGACAGUGCUCAGGUGCAAGCUUUCAGGAAUCCUCAACUUUGAAGACUGGCCACAUCAGGCCAGCAGUGGGCCUUCGCUUUGAGGUGGGGCCUGGUGCAGCCGUUCGCUCCCCACUGGCCACACAAAAUGGCUUCCUGCAUUUCUUGCUUCGAGGCUGUGACCUUGAGCUGUUCACUUCGGUGCUCAAUGGCCUGGGGCCCUUCUUGGAGGAUGAAGAGAUCCCAGUGGUAGUUCCCAUGCAGAUUGAACUCCUGCACUGCAGCAUCACCCUAAAGGAUGAUAUACCCCCCAUCUAUCCAACAUCUCCAGGCCCUAUCCCCAUUACUCUGGCCAUGGAGCAUGUUGUGGUGAAACGGAGUGAUGAUGGUGUGUUCCACAUAGGCGCUGCUGCUCAGGACACACCAUCAGCUGAAGUACCUAAGAGUGAGAAGAGGCAGCCCCCCAAAGAACAGAUGUUUCUGGUGCCCACAGGAGAGUCUUUUGGAGAGAAGGUGAAAGAAUUGCCUACCCUACAGAAGGAACUUAUAGAAACUAAACGAGCAUUGGCCAAUGCCAACCAGGAUAAAGAAAGACUGCUUCAGGAGAUUAGGAAAUAUAACCCCCUCUUUGAGCUCUGAUAGCAGUGGCUCAGCCAUCUGUGCCAAGGAGAGAGAAGGAGAUCACCAGCAAUAGCACCACCUAUGACAGAAGGCGCUGUCCAGCAUUGAAUAAGUCUGCUAAGGAUGCCAGAGGGACUGGGGAGUGCUCACCUCACUCCUUGUGGUGUCCUUUCUACUAGCUGUUCUGACUCGGGUGGAAGACAGGGCAAAGUAUGACCAAGUUCUAGGAAACUGGGGGCAGCUUUGUGCGUGGCUCAAGCAUGUCUUGCCUGUAUAAAGCCUUUUGGCCCUCUCCACACUAGGUGGAAUCUUGUCAACACUGUAGGGCCAUUUCACCACCUGGUUUCAUGGCAGAGACAUUUGCUUCCUCUACAGCCUGUGUGAACAAGAGAAGGUACCCAUCUCCUCAGUCACCCACAGAGCCACCAAAGAUUCUAUGUCCCAGAGCUUCCUGUAGCAGACCUGAGAAGUCCUUGGCCUGAGCUUUGGCCAUGGUAGUAGAAUAGAACAGGAAAUAGCCAGCAAGGCGGGAGCUGGGAGAGGCACAAGAGUAAGGGAGACCUGGAUGCUGCCUUUUUUGGAAAGGGAGCCAAGCUCAUACCAUCUUGGCUGAUCCUACAGUCAGCCAAGCUGUAUUAAGCUUCUUUUCUGUUGUACUUCAUCACUGCGAUGCGAUUCUGUAACAGAAUUUAUUUGGAAUUUAAAUCAAGAAAAUAUAUUCCCUGAGCUAGGUUGAAGGUAUGAUGUGGUAAGAAUCACCAAGGGACUUGAUCCUGAGCCCCCUGUUGCCUGCCUCUCUUCCACAGCUGUACUUCAGAAGUUGUUUCCUUCGUCUCCCUGGGCUCCCAGGCACAUCUGCUCUCCAGGCACUGGGACUUUCUACCAGCACUCUCCUCUGCAUUUGGUGGUUUGGGAGCUGAAAAUGUGUUUUAAACUAUAACGUAAACAUCUCAACCUGUUGCCUCUCAUACCCUUCUAUCACUGUGGCUUUUUAAAACCGUGUAAUUUUGACUUAAGUAAAAAACAAAACAAAACAAAAACGCUUCAACUUAGGUAGGUUUCCCCUUGCCCCAUAAAACAACUAUUUCCCCCCUCUUUCUUUCCUACCUAAUUCUUCCCCAGCAUUCUACCUUCAUCCAUACUGCCCUGUGAUAUACUUCAUGCUGUGUUGAUUGGACGGAAGUUCAUUAGCUAACUAAACUGGCAAGAUGGUAAAAUAGUUAUUUAGUGAUGUCACUAAAAUCUUAAUCACACAUGACCUAUUGGAGGAAAGAUAAACUAUUUUCCUUUAUGGGAAAUCAUGCCUGACUUGCAUAUUCUAGUUUUUUGAGGAUAAAAAGAAACAUGCAUUCAAGAAG